CUUUCCAUUGGACCAACACCAAGCGCAAAAGAGAAGAAACAUGAACUGAACGGACAAGAGUUGCCAUACGACGUUAUAAAUGGAAUGCCGAUGUUCCAAAAGGACCAUGUCAUUGGCAAACGCUACCAGAUUUUUGAACGAAUUGGCUGGGACGAUCGUGUCGGAGCAACAUAUUUGGUUACUGCUCCUGACGGCAAAGAACUAGUCUUACGCGUAGGAAACGAUCAAAUACUAAUUCCACAACUUGAAGCAUCGUUUUUAUGUAAGAUUGAGCAGCAGAACUUAUGGCGCUUCUUCUCGCAAGUGCAUUCAAUCUACCAAGAAGAGAAAUUCUACUAUUUGGCACUGUACUUCCGCAGCGGACCGACACUUAGCCAAUGUUUGAAGUAUUGUGGAGGGAAAUUCACUCACGGUUCGGGUGGUCGCCUAGCUCUCGACGUACUGCGGAUUAUACGUAUAACACACAACCUUGGAUACCUCGUACGUUCACUUAAUUUGGAGAUGUUUCACUUUGACGCUUGCUCUCGCCACCUUUUCAUGGCAGAUUUAUCGACUGUUCGAAAGGACACAUCCAAAAGUAACACUCACAAUCACGAACUAGUAAUGCCUCAUUGGUGUGGUGGCCUUAUCUUUGCACCUAUGACGUUCCAUGAUGAUGGUGAACUUCUUUCUCACAAAACCUCACACAAGCGCUGA